UCCAACCUGAAUACUUCUGUCUGAAAACAAUAUAUCACAUCAUCUUCUUCUCUCUUCGAACCUUGACACUUCUAUGAUGACCAUGGAGCUUAUCCCUGAUCUUCCUGAAACUCUAGCCCGCGAGUGUCUUCUACGCACCUCCUACAAGCAGUUUCCUCUCAUCUCCUCCGUCUGCAAAGUAUGGAAGCGAGAGAUCAGUCUCCCUGAUUUUCUACAACACCGGAAAGCUUCAGAACACAGCCAGGAGCUUGUUGUCUUGUCUCAAGCUCGGGUCGACCCGGUUUCACAACUCGGAUCUCGAAAAACCAUCCCCACGCCAGUAUACCGGAUCUCUGUUCUCGAACCCGAGUCCGGUUUAUGGACCGAGCUGCCUCCGGUUCCGGGUAAAUCCAACGGGUUGCCUCUGUUUUGUAGGUUAGCUUCUGUCGGGUCGGAUCUUGUUGUGAUCGGUGGACUUGACCCGGUAACAUGGCGGACUUCUGACUCUGUCUUCAUCUUCAGCUUCUUGACUGCCACGUGGCGUAACGGGACGAGCAUGCCAGGUGUGCCACGGUCCUUCUUCGCCUGCGCUUCGGACUCCGAACGGAACGUAUUCGUGGCGGGUGGACACGACGAAGACAAAAACGCGCUGACGUCAGCUCUCAUGUAUGACGUGGCGGAAGACAGAUGGGCUUUAUUGCUAGAUAUGGGCCGUGAGCGAGACGAAUGCACUGCGACUUUCCACGCUGGAAUGUUCCACGUCAUUGGUGGUUACGCCACGGAGGAGCAAGGGCAGUUUAGUAAAACCGCUGAAUCCUUCGACGUCGCAACGUGGCGUUGGGGUCAAGAAACGAACGAGUUCCUCGGUCACGGGAUGACUACGUGGCCCCCGGUCUGCGCAGCAGGCGAACAUGGUGAACUAUACGCUUGCUGUCGUCGUGAUCUGAUGGUGAUGAGUGAAGACACGUGGCAGAAGGUUGGAGAUAUACCUGCUGACGUGUGCAAUGUAUCGUACAUGGCGGUAAGGAGGUCUGGGAAGCUGGUCGUGAUCGGUUCGGCUCGGUACGGCGAACCAAGCGUUGGGUAUAAUUGGGAUAUGGAUAAUUCUGGAUGGGUAAAGCUGGAAACACAUGAAAAAUAUGAAGGCCACGUUCAAGCUGGUUGUGUUUUGGAGAUAUAAAACGAAUGGAGACGUCGUUCAUGCGAAAUGAUGCAAGAUUGGUCGGUUGGUUUCUCCUUGGUGUGACUGUACAAAUAUUCUGUUAGGAUGUUAAAAAGGUUAUAUAAGCUUGAACUAAAUUUACUGUUGAUUGAUUUUACUUUUUUGUGUGUGUGGUUGAAGAUUGUUGUGAUGCUACUCAAAGUUGUGGUGGACCUACUGUAUUGGAUAGUCUAAUGUGGUUGAAAUGAGCCCAAUUAAGUUCUUGCUCUGUUUACCCACAUAGGAUGAAAGAUUCAACGUUGGGUCCAAUUCGUGUAAGAUUUGAAAUGAAACACCCUUCUAAUUGAUAUAUUAUGAAGCCCUCUCUUUUCCUUCUCUGUCAUCUUGGUUUUAUAUAUAGGCAUACAAGUAUUCACUAAACUUUAGUAGGCUAGUCACAGAUCAAUUCUCUGAGAAGUAUCUUUGUCUGUCUGAGUAUAAUUUAUAUGAGAGAAAA